UCGCGUCACCCCUGCGUGUCACGCCCCACGCUUGUCAAGCGUUUCCGCCAAGAUGGUUGUCGGUGCCUUCCCUAUCGCCAAGCUCCUCUACCUCGGGGUGAGGCAGAUGGGCAAGCCUGUGGCGGACCGAAUAAAAGCCGGAGCCCGCAGAAGCGAGUUCUUCAAGACGUACGUCUGUCUGCCGCCCGCACAGAUUUACCACUGGGUUGAGAUGAGAACGAAGAUGCGGAUCAUGGGCUUUCGGGGCUCCACCAUCAAGCCACUGAAUGAGGAUGCGGCUGCAGAGCUGGGUGCGGAGUUGCUCGGAGAGGCAAUCAUCUUCGUCAUUGGUGGUGGCUGUAUGUUGUUGGAGUACAGCAGACAAGCCACUAAUGCUCGGCACAAAGAAGAGGAGCAGAACAAGACCAUCACAAGCCUACAGACUCAACUAUCAGAAGUAACACUUGCAACAGAGACUCUAGAUGCUCAGCUGAGAGAGAUGAAAAGGUUACUGCUGUCUUAUCCUGUGCCUGCCAAAAAGUGAUGAAAUUAGCCCCGUUCCUUUGUCUGUGUGUGAAAGAACAAGAGUGCGCACACACACACACACACACACACACAGACACACACACACACAUACACACACACAUUCAUAGCACUGACAUGUGUGCAGCUUGAUAAUGAUCCUGCUUCACAUACAGCCCAUUACGUUUGCUGGAACAGGUGCUUAUAUAACAAAUCAGUGCACUUUGGAUUUGGGUGCUGUUAUUCGCUCAUGUUUCUAGCAAACAGUUGUUAAGGGGGAUUGCUAUGAUAUUCAUAGUGUAUUUGUGCGGUUGAUCUUGCAUGUUCCGAAUACAUUUGACUGUAUAUAAUGAUUUACAAUAAAAAUGCAAUGGCACAUUGAAGUUAAUAUAUUUUAGAACAGCUUUGUGUGCUUGAUUGAUGGCCAAACAUGGACAACCAUAUCUAUCCAAAAUCCGGUUACAUUGGAGUAUUCUUGUGUGUCUGCCCCUAAGGUUUCAUGGACAUGUUAUGAAAUAAUUACACUGUAAAUCUCCUUUAUGAUUCAUGUACAUCAGAUGUGAUGGAAACUGUAAUAAGGAUGGUGUCAAAUAAAAUGGUACGCCGUCUGUUGGCACUUAACACACAAA